UUUUUUUAUAUCCAGGAGCGCUAAAAUAAGAAACAGGUUUAAUUGAGGUAAAACCUAGAAAGUGAGUGUAAACCGGUGUGAUUGUUUGAAUAUGGUUUGUCAUGAUAUUGCAUAUGUGUAAUAAAAUAAAAAAGGGCAGGCCAUUGCAGAUGAUUAAAUAUUCAAAUAUAAGGAUUGGCUUUUAACUAUAAAAUAUCACAAAAAAAACGUGUCAUAUAAGUGUUGGUGUGAGUAUCGGUAUGGAUAUUGAAAGUAUCGCAUCGGGAGGGGAACGCGCGGUACCGCGUCUCCCUGGUGCACCGUGGUGUUGAGUCGCAAAGGCAGGCCGCCUCCGUGUCCAAUCGCUGCCCCCCAGUGGGCGGUCCUGAAGGCGCUGCUUCUCACGGCGUUCCCUCCUCAUCCGGGCUCCGCUCUCCUCCUCUCCUCUUCCCUCUGCUCCUCUCCUUCUGAUCAUCGCUUCCUUGUUACCGAACCCCGGGACGCACCGGAGCUGCACCGAUCUGGCGGUGUCAUUUGCACCCGGUUCCGCUGUGUGCACUAUCCGAGGAGCUCGAAAGGCAUGGGCACGGCGCUGUAAUGCCGCGCUGCUGUCUUGCCGUCUCCCAAGCCCAUCCAUCCUCAACAUCAGCAGCAGUGCAGUGCUAUGGAUCCGUAAGCUAAGCCGCGUCGCUCGCUCGCGCACACCGCCUCCGACAGCCUCCGAUCUCUCCGUGCGGCGUUCACCUCCUACCGCUAGAGCUUCACAAUAAACCAGAUCAGAGCCGCACAGGCGACGCGUCGACGGAACGAGCUGGAAUUAUGAAGCGUUGGUGCCAUGUCUAAAGCUACAGUGAAGAAGCUGCACUGGCGUUCAAAAGUUCAGGAGAGCUUUGUUCCUCUGGGUGGAGCUUCGGGGGAGUUGGGCGUGGCUAUCGGAGGUGGCGCCGACUAUGGCGAGUUCCCAUUCGUCACGGCAGCACCCGGAGGAGGCGCCACUGUCGGUGACAUUAUCCUGGAGAUUGGUGGCACCCCUGUCCUGGGCAUGACCCUGGGAGAUGUCAGAGGGGUUUUAAACUCUUGUCCUCAUCCCAUCCGCAUCAAAACUGUUUCACCAGGCUCCACUCUGUGUAAAGACCUGAGAUUAUAUUUAAGCAAGUGCUUCACACCUGGCUCCAUGGACAGCCAACUGCAGCAAGUCAUACGAGAGAACCUUUACCUGCGCGCCGUGCCCUGUACCACCAGGCAGCCACGGGACGGAGAGAUCUCCGGGGUGGACUACAACUUUGUCUCAAUCGAAGAGUUCUUUUCUCUGGAGGAGUCAGGAGCUCUGCUUGAAAGCGGCAAGUUCAAAGGGAACUACUAUGGUACUCCACGGCCGGUCCAUAUUGGGCCCGACAGCCCACCUAUCACCUACCAGGAGCAUCGCAACCUGCUGAGGAACUUCCGCACACGCAGCAAGUCGCUUAGUAACCUGGAGAAAGCUGUCGAAGAGGGGGACAACAGUGAGGAAGAUUCUGGUCUCUCAGCGGGUUCUGCAGGAGCGAGCAGUGCCCCUACUACUACCAUUGUUUCGCCUAAUCAGACGUGGGACUCAGGUGGACCUCGGGAUGGUGGUGUCCCGCAGGAGAACGGUGCCCGUGGCGGGGCGCUGCCUGAAAACUGGGAGAUGGCAUUCAGUGACUCAGGAGAACCUUACUACAUCAAUCAUAACUCAAAGACAACGAGCUGGCUGGACCCGCGGACUCACAACAAAGAGGUGGUCAGCAAGACGGAGUUACCUCCGUUUACAGACCAGCCAUCUGAACUGAAGGGCUAUUCCAUCCACACACGUCUCUCAAAAGGGCCACGAGGUUUUGGCUUUAACAUUGUAGGGGGCAGUAGACCCAGAGAAUUCCUGCAGGUGUACAGCGUCACACCUGGAGGCCCACCUGCCCUUAACACAGCGGACAUCCUGGUCUACAUUAACGACACAUGUGUGCUGGGUAUGUCCCACAAGGAGGUGGUGGAGAUGCUGAAGGCAGUUCCCAUGGGUCAUAGUGUGGAUGUGGUGCUGCGUAGGGGCUAUCCCAUGCUUUACAAUCCUGACGGCUGCCCCAAAACCAGCCUAUCUUCACCCUCGGACCCCAGCUCGGGGUCUGCCCAGGCGCCGCCUCACAAUGUGAACCGUUCCACCUCUCAUCACAACGGUUUCUACCCCCGGAUGCAAAAAGAGCCUUUAGACACCAAUGGUAAUGUCACAGCUCCGCCUUGCUACCACAUGCCCAAUGGAAACUCAGUAGACAGAACUGUAGGGAUUGCAGGCCUGCCCUCAAAUUUGCCAGCGGCAAGGACAGAGAGACUGAGCUCAAGCCACAGUGAUACAGAGGUCAGCACUGUCGUCACACGCAGAGCCUCACUCAUCCGCAGUUACAACAACAAUACCCUUCCUGCCCCAUCUGUGGCUCACCAGAACUCCAAGUCUUCCGGGAGUCAACUGUCCAGCGGGGCCCUUCCUCUACCGCAGCCUGAGGUAGGCAGUGUACCAGUGCCACCGGGUGCUCCCAGUGCUCAACGCCCACUCGUGCCCCCAACUGAGCUGCCACCCUGUGGCUUCAAUGGCUGCCCGGCCAGCAACCCCCCUCGGCCCGCCCCAGGCAACCUGGGAUCGCCUGGGGCUGGCACAGGAGGUGAGCUUGUGCCUGUGGCCCUGGGGAGAAGCGAGGGAGGGGGCAUGGGCUUCAGCGUGACAGCAGGCGGGCAGGGCGGGCAGUUGGCGCUGAUCAAGCGGGUGUGGGACCGGCGCCAGUGCCCGUCCCUGCAGCCGGGCGAUGCCAUCAUCAAGAUCAAUGGCGCUGAUGUGCAGAGCCUCAGCUUCGCACAGGUACAGAGAGUGCUACAGGAGCAUACGAGACAGGGUGAGGUGGUCUUACUGGUUUACAGAGGAGGAAACAUCCCAUCUCCUGUCACCCCAAGCACGUACACCAGUGUACCUCCACCCCAGGGCCCUCCAGAUUUAAUGUCUCCUUCCUCAGAUGGUCCCAUCACCAGCCAAAGCACCCUGUCCCCCCAGUCACCAUCCAAUGAGCUCCCUUCUUUGAUCCAGAGCACCAGCUUUCUGGACUCUGUGCCUGUUACUCUGACCAUGGAGCCCCGGAUGGGAGUCGAGGACGUUGCUGUGCAGGGUCCCCGUCUGCCCUCCUCAAAUGCUCUAGGAGCCGUGUCCAAAACGCAGCCUGAGGGGAGACUAGCAGUGCCUAGCAAGUCUUUAGAGGUGGAGUUGAGGAGAAGGCCUGGAGAGGGUUUUGGCUUUGUCAUCGCCACACAGGACAUGACGAAUGGAUCGUCAUCGCUGUUCUCUCACAGGUUUGUGACCGUGCGGAGGGGCAGUCCAGCAGCACGCAGUGGUCAGAUCCAGCAGGGUGAUCAUCUAGAGGGAGUGGAGGGCCGCUCUGUCCUCACACUGCCUCACAGAGACCUGGCACAGAUCCUGCGGCGAGCAGGAAACACACUUCGCCUCACCAUCAUCCCGCGCUCCAACAACAAUGCCUCCAACCUGACAGAGUACACAGACUUUGAUGCAGAUGGCAAGAUAAGAAAAGGGCAGCAACCUCGACAAAAGGACCCAAGGUAUUACAGUUUGGAUCUGGAGAGAGGGCCGACUGGUUUUGGCUUCAGUUUAAGAGGGGGCAGUGAAUAUAACAUGGGACUUUAUGUGUUGGGGUUGAUGGAGGGAGGCCCAGCAUCUCGUAGCCAAAAAAUACAGGUGAGUGAUCAGCUGGUGGAGAUUAACGGGGACAGCACAGCAGGCAUGACGCACAGCCAAGCGGUGGAACAGAUUCGCAAAGGAGGACAUCGCAUACACCUGGUCCUGAAGAGAGGAAAUGGAUACGUCCCAGACUACGGCCAUGAAGGUGGAGCAGCCUCCCCCUCCUUCCGCUCUGAGGAACCGGUUGUGAGUGGAGUGGCUUUCUCCUUGCCAAGGAGCAUUGAGAAAGCGGUGGACAGAGAGGCGGAGAGGCGAAAGGGGCGGAGAAAAGGAAGCAGCAGCCGAGGAGGAGCUGAGGAGGAGAGGAGAGGCACUCCUGAGAUUGAGCGGGCUUCGGGCGACUUGGUUAGCAUCAUAGCGAGCUCCCAGUCAGGGAGGAAGAGAGAGAGAGAGAAACUCAUCCAGAGUACAACCAAAAAUACUCAGAGAAGUACAGAGGGGGAAGAGGAGGCUGUGCAACGAAAAGAGAGGAGGGAGAGGGAGAAGGAGAAGAGGAGGAGUUCAGGAAGCAGGAGGAGCAAAGGGAGAACUGGAACUUAUGAAAGAAAAGAGAGAGAACAGGAAGAGGAGAGGGACCAGUCCAGUUCAAAAGGAAGGAGUGGGAGAGAUGAAAAGAAGGAGGAAAAAAAGAAGGGGAAAAUUGAAAACGACAACAGUGACGUCAAUGAGGGCUCAAAAGAGGUCGCUGGGGUCACACAAAAUGCACCCUUCUCCUUCCUCAUGUCACUGGAUGAUGAAGGCAAUCUUUCUGACACCGGCUCUGCACUCAGCUUUUCGGAAGUCAGCAUAUCUGCAGCCAGCAUCUCAUUCGCAGGGGCGCAGUGGCCCCUUGACCCCAGAGACCUCGGCAACUCCCAGGAGAACCCCACUACCCUGCACCUCACCCCGGGCCCAUGGCUCGUCCCCAGCCGCUAUAAACUCUCUCAGGUCUUAGAAAGAAACAGGUUGAGCCAACAUUCAAGGGGGCUGUGGUUCUGAAAAGCUUACUCUCUCUGAACUCUUUCUCUUCUACAUACACACACACACACACACACACGUCAGACACACCAUACACACGCAUGUCAUCUGGAGACCAGCACACCACCCAUUUUCCUGCCAGCCUUUCUCCACCUUGAAAUAAAACCCACGCCCGUGUUCACAUCUUUAAGAGCCGCGCGAUUCUAACCAGUGCCCAUGUCUGCAGUCCAGGUGAACUAAAAUGACCAUCACUAAGAGGCUGGUGAAACAAAAAGGAAAGAGCAUGCUGCCAUCAUGGGAUGCUUCUGAUUGGUUGCUAACCUACAAGGCAAAUCCAUUUGCGUGUAUGUAUUCAUAAGGUGUUCAUAGCAUGUACAAGUUCUUUUUUAAUCUUAUGUCAUUUUGACAUUUUUUUUUUAUUUUGAUAUUUUAUUUUCUUAUGAAUGCAUUAAGAUUCUAUAACAGAAAAAAAGAGGAAAGAAUUAUUUACAAUCCGUAUUAGCUGCUUGCUUUUCUGUGACCAGACUGUAACCCUCUCCCCCCACUGAGUGUGUCGAUCUAGCUGUUCGUGCUGGGGAAAGGACGGGAAAGAACUGUUUUAUUAUGAGGCUAGCGAGCCAUCUCAGACUUCUCCAGGUGCCUUCUGCUUCUUUAGCUGGUGUUUACCAAAAAAAAAAAAAAAAAAAAAAAGAAUCUAUAUAAUAUAAUACAAAAAAUUAUUAUUAAAUGAAGAAAAGAUUAAAUCAAGUAGCAAAGUAGAGAGUGUGCAAUUAAACAUUCUUCUGCCUCUUGAACUAUAAACCUUUUGCAAGACUCAGUACACAAGACAGAGGAAAAAAAAUAUAUAUAUACUGCACACAUUCUGCAACCGGUCAGCGAGUCAUUACAAGUGCCUCAUGUGAUAUUCCUUUACGAGAAACACUUAGACUUCUUUUAAGAUGUCGGUGUGAAUUCAGGAUCCCAGAGCUUUUGUUUCUCAUCUUUUCUCACGUUUUUUUUUUUUUUGUGUGUGUUUUAAGUCGGUGUUUCAGAGACGUCCCAGAUUCCCAUUUCAAAAUCGCAGAAGAAAAAGAAAUCAAACCGAAGGCCAAUAAGAUCCCAUUCGCACCGCCCUCCUCAAACUUGCAUCCAGAUUGCUGUUACCACAUCUGUCGCUCACUCCCCAGCUUCAUGUGUUGAUCCCUCGUUUCAGGAGAUUAAAAAAGGGCAUUUUGAUACUGGUCUUCUAUGCAUUUUGUAAGACUUACUGAUCAAAAUUGCGGAGGCGUUUCUCUAUUCUUUUCCUUUUUUUUCCUUUCUACCGAGGCCUAGAUUGGAAAUGUUAUGUACUUCUGAGCGCAGGCGGUUUGCUGGGAUGUGACUGGCAUGAAACAUAUGGGAAGACUUUCUGAGGUCAUCUAGUGUCAGACGUACUGCAGCACCAGCUUAUGCAUCUCUCUUUACCUCUGACUGUCUAAGCAAUAAGAGGCCAUCUUCCUGUUUUCUGUUUCGUUAUACACCCCGUAUCUUUAACAACCGACACCUCUAACCCCACCCCAACCCACCCCUCCCCCAAAGUAAUUUCACUUCAGAGAGUAAUUAAAUGAGUUGACUGAAUAAAGUUAUUUCAUAAUGCAUUUGUGAGAUUUAUAACACUGGUAGAGGCAUAGACAGGAUAUGUCCAUGUUAUUCAUACUGUCAUAAUAGCAUGUCUUAAACAUUUAUUGAGUUUAUAGACGUCCAAAUGAAUUAUAUAAGUCAGGUUUGACGAGCUAUUUAAGUUUAUUGACCUAAUGGAGACUUGAAACAGCCUAUGUGUACAUUUUUAAUUGGUUACCUUAAAAGGGCAAAAUGUUAAGACAGGAAAAUGUUAACGUCAAAUAACAAUUUUCAUGUCAGAGAGACAGUACUGUAGCAGACGCUUCUUGUAAAACUAGACUAUUGUACAUAAAGAAAAAUCCCACAAAAAAACUUGUAGAACAGAACAAUAUUAUAAAUCCUAGUCUGAUUUUCUCACUCGCCAACAUAUCAGAAAUACUAUAUGUAGCACAGAGUAUAAUAUCCUUCAAGGUAUGUUUACAACAACAACUUAUUAAUAUUAUUAUUAUUAUUAUUAUACCCUGGCACACAGAAACAGGUGACAAAAGUGCCAAAUUCUUCCGUGAUGUUUAAAAAAAUAUUGAAAAUGUUUCAAAGUUGCAUGACUGUUAGAUGUACGAGCAUCACGCUAUAGAAAUAUUUGUUUCAAAUUGUCCUGACCCGUUUUGGUUUUUCUUUCUCUUUUCCCUCUUUGUUAUAAUGUAAUGUGGUGAAAUGUGCAAUGCUUUUUAAGUGGCUCUCUUUCCCCUUAUUAAAACUUUUAAAUAAAAAUCUAGCAUGGUUAUACCCCUAGCGCAUUUUGCAGCCAAGUUACCAGGCUCCUUGCUUUAGCCCCCUCAGUCACUAUCAAACCAAGCUGAAAAGACAGCCACAGUGCCAAUGUUAUACGUAUGCAAUCCAGAUGAACAGCAGCAUGCCCAAUAACCACCAUGUCGGAGGUGUCUAUACCUGUCGACUUACUUCAGCCAGUAGCCCAUUAGAUGACGAAGUGUAAGUUUGAAGUAAAAACUAACAAAAAAAAUGUAAAAAAAAAAAAAAAAUAGAUAAAGAAAAUAACCUGAGGUUGUCUUACAAGAAGGAGCCAUAAUAUGAGCCAAUCAUUGUAUUUAACAAACGGUGCCAUGUUUUGAUACUAUAACUUCUGAGGUCAAGAUACUGCGCUAUCGAAACGCUAUUUAACGAUGUCAUCCUCGUUCCCUUUGGAGAAAGGAUAUAAGGCCUUUGUUCUUGUAUGUUUUUUUUUGUAAGUGAAAAUGUCUAAAAUGUGAAAGUUAUGGUUCAGCUUUGAAAUUUCAACUUGAAUUUAUUACAUUAGCCUUGUUAAGGAAUCAGCCAUUGUACAGAACAAUUAAAAAAAACCCACACACACACACACGUUGUUUUUCCUAGUAGACUAUAUGUUGUAGACAGUAGUUAGAGAAGUAGCAGGAGCGGCUGGACAGCUAGGAGAAAGAUGACUGAAGGAGAGGGCACGGCCGGCAGAGCAGCACAUUUCUGCGCCGCUUUUGAUUUCCACACUAGUCGCCACUCGAAACGGUCGCAGGUGUGUACAUGCUUUUGUACAUGCUUCCAGCAGCAUGCUGCUUGCAGUCGAACUGGACGUAUGCCACGCCCUUACGUGCGCAUGAUCUGCUGCUACGCCGCUUGCCACGUGUAGCUGCAACGAUUUAAUGCUUCUGGCUCAAACGCUGAAACAAAGCGCCGAGAUUAGGGAUCAAAUAAUCCUAUCAUGGAGAAAAGUACACUGUCACAGGGAUGUAUGGCAAGAAACAAAUUUAGAGUAAAUGAGCUUUUGGGGUUAUGAACAUAACCAUCCCGGAGUAGGGAUGCACCGAGAUUUUCACCCUCGCCUGCAAAAUAAAUGAAAUGGUGCUGAAAUAUUUUUGUUUUCACUUUUAAGACUGAACGCAACAACGGAUCAUUUGCAGACAAAGUUGUUGUUGUUGUGUUUGGCGAUGAGAAUUUAAUAAUCCAUUGCUGAUUUUACUGAUAGCCGAUCAGUUUUUUCAGUGUUGCCAGAUUAGCCUGGACCCCCCGCCCCUCUUCACAGUUUUUUUUUUUUUUUUUUUUAAGGACUCAAAAUAGUGUAUCCAGUCUGGAAACCCUGCAUUUUUUUUCCUGUUUUACAUCAUAUGCGUGCACUGUUUCACAUGCACCGUCGCUACAUUUUCCAGCACUACCAGAUCCGUACUGCACAUGCCAAUGAUGGAUACUUAUUUAUAUUUGCAUGUGUAUUAUGCAGUGCUGGUUUUUUUUAUGCUACCUGCUAUGCAAAUGAUCAUUGAUGUUAUUUCAUCAACAUGUACUGCUUAGUUUUAUUAUUAGUAGUAUUAAUACUAGAAAACAUAAAUAAAAAGGGGAGUUAGCAAUUUGUGCAAUGUUUGAGAAAGUAAACUGAUAUUUAAAAAAUAUAUAUCUGCCACUUGUUUUGAUCAGUCCAGUGUGCCCUAAAUUUUGGUCUCGGA